CCCCUCCUCGCCAGAGCCACCGCGCCCCCAACAUGCCGCAUCACCACCCAAGGCGGCGGCUUCCUCGCCGCGCGAAUGCUCUCUUCGACGACCGUCAGGGCGAACAAGGGUCCCGUCGAGACGACCAAGGAGUCGCUGCAUAAGGCGGACCGGACUAUUUCGGAUACGGUGCUGAAGGGCAUGGAUAAGGGUCAGGGUCUGAAAGACCAGGCGCAGGGCAAGGCAGAGGGACUCAAGAACCAGGCGUCGGGCAAGGCAGAGGGACUGAAGAGCCAGGCGUCGGGCAAGACAGAGGGCCUGGCGGGCCAGGCGCAGAGCAAGGCCGGAGAACUGAAGAACCAGGCGCAGGGGAAGGCGGAGGAACUGAGCGGCAAGGUCAAGGGAGAGGCGAGUGAGCUU